AGGGUUUUUGUUGAACACAAAUUAAAUACUGUAAAAGAGUGUGUUCAUGCACUAAUACCACAGUGUGUCUUCCACUCUCAAUCUCUUAUCGCAAUGCCGCUCCCUACAUCUUCUCCCCAUUCUCUGCUUCCUUUCUUCCCAAUUUGCUAAUUUCUCUUUCCAUUAUUUCUCUUCAAACCAAAUUCAGGGAAAAAAACCAAAAUUUUCCCUUUCCUUCUUCCUUGAAUCUCAAUCACCAAACUAGUUCUUUGUUAAAAAUCUCAAGAUUUUCUCACAAACCCAUUUCACCAAAGCUCCUAGUCUCUUCAAAGAUCUGAUUUUUAUCUCUCUUGCAGCGAGUUUCUGUUAAAAUUUGUUCUAACAUUGUUUUCAUCUGCAGAGUCACCACAACACAAUGUUGAACAUUCAUGGCCGUUUUGUGCUGUGUAAGCUAUAAAGUUUCUCUCUUUUUCACUCACUCUUGCAUUUUACCCUCUCUAAUUGUGUCUCUUAGUGUUAGGUUUUCAUUGGGUCUUUUAUUUUUUUUCAACUUUGACUUGAAAAACUUAUCUUGAUGAGGGUUGCAAAAUUUCUCCUUGCAAUUGUUUCUUUCACAUUGCCAUUGUUUCUUUCACUGUCAUUUUCAUUUGCUCAGAUUCCAUUUGAUGAUGAUAUUCCAUCAAGAACACUCGAUUCCGUUCUUCAAGAUUACGCCUUUAAGGCGUUCUCUAAGCCGAAAACAGGUGUACCUUAUGAUGCUCAAUUGCCUUAUAACCUAAUAGGGGUUAAUGUUUCUGCAUUGAGGCUUAGAAGUGGUAGUUUAAGAAUGAGAGGGGUUGAAGCCUACAAAGAGUUUCAGAUCCCACCAGGGGUUGUUGAGCAGCCUUAUGUAGAGAGGCUUGUUUUGGUUUACCAUAACUUAGGAAAUUGGUCUGAGAAAUUCUACCCUUUGCCCGGUUACACGUAUCUAGCUCCUGUUUUAGGUCUGUUAUCAUAUAGUGGUGUUGAUUUGAGUGCUGAAAAGUUACCUGAAUUGGAUAUAAGAGCUUCUGAUAAACCGAUUUUGAUCAAGUUCCAUGAUGUGAAAUCAGCACCAUAUGGUUCAUUUCCUAAAUGUGUGUAUUUUGAUCUACACGGUUCGGUGCAAUUCGAUAUUCUACCAUCCGAUAACAUCUGUUCAACAAUGCAGCAAGGGCAUUUCUCGAUUGUUGUUGAGUCUAACGCACCGACCCCUGCACCUGCUGCUGUUGCUGCCAAUAUUGAUAACGGUCGCGGGAAGAAAAAGUUUAAGAUGUGGAUAAUCAUCGGAUCGUUGGUUGGUGGAUGCGUAUUGUUGAUACUAUUGAGUUUAUUGGUUGUUCGAUUGGUAAAGAUAAAAAACGGGAUGAAGAUACAGGAAAUGGAAUGGAGAGCUGAUAGCAAUGAGACCUUGCAGAUGACAUCUGUUGGAGGAACCAAAGCACCAUUGGCAAUUGGGACUCGAACAAGGCCGACGAUAGAAAACGAUUACAUUCCUUAGAUUUCGAAAGGGUUCUUGUUGUUGUUGUUGUUGAAUGAUUUUUUUUUUUUAUCUCUUGCUUUUGUGACAUUACAAUUUUUCUGUUUAUAAUGAAUGAAUGAACUCAAAUGCUUCCUGUGAUUAGUUCUAUAAAUUUGGUUUACUUGGUUUUUUCAA